GGAGGAAAGCUUUUCUUCACUUAUUUAUUUAUUAUUUUUUUUCCCCCCCGUAGAAAGGCGUUUGAGUGGGGGGCAUUUUACACAAAUUAAACAUGCUGCUCUGCUUCGCCCUAUAAGCAUCCUUGGAGCCAGUGCUUACCAAUCAAUUGGUACAGUCAAACAGAGCCACAGCCUGCGUGAGAGUGGAGACCUUCAGUCUCGCUUCAUUUCUGGAUAUUGGGGGACUCCUCUACCAUGUCAUAUCCACAGUUUGGAUAUCCCUACUCGUCUGCUCCACAAUUUCUGAUGACAACCAACUCUUUGACCACUUGCUGCGAGUCCACCGGCAGAUCCAUAGCCGACUCCGGGGUAGCGGCGUCCGGGCAGACACCAGUCUACUGUCCCGUGUACGAGAGCCGGCUGCUGGCCACGGCGAGGCAUGAACUCAGCUCAGCCGCCGCGCUCGGUGUGUACGGGAGCCCCUACACCGGCGGCCAAAGCUAUGGGAAUUACGUUACAUACGGCACGGACGCCUCGGCUUUCUACUCGCUGGGCACAUUUGAUACUAAAGAUGCCAAUGCUUCUGCACAUGCUGGAAUAACACAGGCAACAGCCUACUACCCUUAUGAUCCCACGCUGGGGCAGUAUCAGUAUGACAGAUAUGGUUCAAUGGACGGGGGAACGAGGAGGAAGAACGCCACACGGGAGACGACCAGCACGCUGAAGGCCUGGCUGCAGGAGCACAGGAAGAACCCGUACCCAACAAAAGGCGAGAAGAUCAUGCUGGCCAUCAUCACCAAGAUGACCCUGACGCAGGUCUCCACCUGGUUCGCAAAUGCCAGGAGGAGGCUCAAGAAGGAGAACAAGAUGACAUGGCCGCCCAGAAACAAGGGCUCAGAGGAGAAGAGAUAUGAUGAGGAUGAGGACGGGUCUCAGGAGGAGCAGAUAAAAAGUGAAAACAAUGAGGAUGAGAGCAGAAGUCGGCCUGAUAAGGACCUGCAGCUGAGCGACUUGGACGACUUCGACACGCUGGAGUCAGAGAGCUCCGAGUGUGAGCUGAAGCACCGAUACCAUAUGAACACACACAUGUCAACGACAGCCGACUGCCCCACUGAGCACCUCAUCAAGGACUCGUCUCUGAAAAUCUCCAUCCCCGUUUCUCUGGGAGGGGAACAGGACUUGAGCAAAAGUUGCCUCAAAACGAACCCAGAUGAUUUCCAGGUGGACAGCAGAUCGCAGGCCAAGGCGUGUUAUAACCAGCAGCAGCAACAGGGGCAUCAGAUACUAGACGGCAAACCUCGAAUCUGGUCUUUGGCCCAGACUGCGACAUCCCUGAACCAGACUGAGUACCCGUCCUGUAUGCUGAGAUGCCAGGCGCCGCCCUCCUCCCUCACCCCUUCCCCCGCCGCUACCUCACCUGUGACCGGCCUGGACAACAGGCAGGAUUCGCCGGUCACGACCCUGAGAAACUGGGUGGACGGGGUUUUCCACGACCCCUUGUUCAGGCACAGCACUUUGAGCCAGGCCCUGACCAACACCACCGUCUCUUGGACCACGAACACUAAAGGCGCCAUUCUGGAGGCAGAGAGGAGCGCGGCGGUCCUGCAGCAGCAGCAGCAGCAGCAACAGCAGCAACAGCAGCAGCAGCAACAUCAAGACUCCAAAGACAAUGCCAUGAGUUUCCCCAAAACCAUCAACAAACUUUUCUGCUCCUAACAAAACCAAAUGACGCAAUUAAUGCAAAACGAGGAAGACUUGUUGUGACUGACUGGUGGUAAAGCUUAUUAAGUCUUCAUGCCCCCUCAUUUUGUUUUAAUUUGUUGUUGUUGUUUUUUUUAAAGCAAUUGUAGCUAUGUAUACUGUUACUAUAGCGUUACACAAGUGAAAUACCCGGAUCAGUUUGGCUUCUUUGAUUCAACGCACGCACAAAAGUCAUCGAAAUGUAUAUAUAAAAAAAAGUUUACAUCUUUGAGAAAAAUAGGCCUAAUGUUUACAGUUUUUUUUUUGUUUCGAGUUUUUAUUUUUUCUUUACUAUGCGCAUGCAAGUGUAAUUGAAUAUUAUUUAGGUCUCAUCGAUUGAGUAUCACUAUUAAAUGAAAAAAAAAACAAGUCUCACAAAAUGCACAGCUCUGCCACGAAGUGGAUGCGAGAGCGUUUCAACUUUGUUCACUGAAAAUAAAAGCAGUCGGCUUCA